UUACACUAGGGUUAAUGUCUAUUUGGCCGCUUGCAAACCAAUGGAUCUGAGCAGCAGGCAAUAGCACGUUUAAGCUGCAGUGUGCACUAAACAGCACAUAACAUCAGCAACAGCUAAACCUUUUCUUGUGUUUGUUGUUUUUCCCUCGUGGAUUUAUUCAUCUGACAGGGGCCAUGGCCUUCUUGGGAAGAGCAGCACAGAGGGUGAUGGCAUGCCGACAGCCCCUCUCACCCCUCGGACAUGCCACCACCCGCUGCUAUAGCUCCCAGUCGACACACACCACAGAGAAGAGCGUCCCCUAUGAGAAGACGCUCAAACAGGAGGAUGGCAUCGGUGGGCCCACCAAACCGCCCAAGUCUGCAGAUGUUGUGGUGGUUGGAGGAGGAAGCCUGGGUUGCCAGACCCUCUACCACCUGUGUAAACUAGGCAUGACCAAUGUGGUUCUGCUGGAGAGGGACAGAUUGACUGCAGGCACCACCUGGCACACGGCAGGACUUUUGUGGCAGUUAAGACCUAGUGAUACUGAGGUGGAGCUGUUGGCUCACACUCGCAACGUGAUCAGCUCAGAGUUGGAGGAGGAGACUGGCCUCGAGACGGGCUGGAUCCAAAAUGGAGGCCUGUUCAUUGCUUCCAACAAGCAGCGACUUGACGAGUACAAGCGCCUCAUGUCGCUGGGUAAAGCGUACGGUAUUGAGUCGUACGUCCUGUCACCUGCUGAGACCAAGGACCUGUAUCCUCUGAUGAAUGUGAAAGAUCUUUAUGGCACGCUGUAUGUGCCUAAAGACGGCACCAUGGACCCAGCGGGCACCUGCACCACCCUCUCCAGAGCAGCCACCGCACGCGGUGCCACAGUGAUUGAGAAUUGUCCAGUGACUGGUAUCCAGGUUAAGGUUGAUGAUUUGGGUGUUAAGAGAGUGAAAGCGGUGGAAACUGCUCAUGGGACCAUCCAAACACCCUGUGUGGUGAAUUGUGCAGGUGUCUGGGGCACUAAGUUGGGGGAAAUGGCAGGCGUCAAUGUUCCUUUGAUUGCCAUGCACCACGCUUACGUCGUCACAGAAAGAAUCGAAGGGAUUCAGAAUAUGCCCAACGUCAGGGACCAUGAUGCAUCAGUCUACCUCCGUCUGCAGGGUGAUGCUCUCUCUGUGGGAGGCUACGAACAGAACCCCAUAUUCUGGAAUGAUGUGUCUGAUAAGUUUGCCUUCAGCUUGUUUGAUCUGGACUGGGAUGUCUUUAUGCAGCACAUUGAUGGUGCUGUGAACAGAGUACCUGCUCUGGAACAAACUGGAAUCAAAUCCACUGUCUGUGGUCCAGAAUCCUUCACUGCAGACCACAAGCCCCUGAUGGGUGAAGCCCCGGAAGUGAGAGGCUUUUUCCUUGGAUGUGGCUUCAACAGUGCAGGUAUGAUGUUAGGAGGAGGAUGCGGCAAAGAGCUGGCUCACUGGAUCAUUCACGGCCGUCCCGAGAAAGACAUGUACGGAUAUGAUAUCAGGCGGUUCCACCAUUCCCUGACCAACAACAACCGAUGGAUCCGAGAGCGAAGUCACGAGUCGUAUGCCAAAAACUAUUCAGUAGUUUUCCCGUUUGAUGAACCUCUGGCCAGCCGCAACAUGAGGAAAGACCCCUUCCACCAGGUGCUACAGGAACAGGGCUGUGUGUUUCAGGAGAGACACGGCUGGGAGAGACCCGGAUGGUUCAACCGGGGUGGACCUGCUCCUGUUCUGGAUUAUGAUUACUACGGUGCCUAUGAUGUUCCCAAAAACACUGAUUACAAAUACAGUGAGAUACUGGGCAAAGAGUAUACGUUUGACUUCCCUCCACAUCACGAUGUGAUUCGGGACGAGUGUCUGAGCUGCAGGAAUGCUGUUGCUGUGUUUGAUAUGUCCUACUUUGGUAAAUUUUACCUGACUGGUCCGGAUGCAAAGAAGGCAGCUGAUUGGCUGUUCACAGCUGAUGUCAACAAAGCUCCAGGGUCCACAGUCUACACCUGCAUGUUAAACAAGAGGGGCGGGGUCGAGUCUGACCUCACUGUCAGUCGUCUGGAACCAAGCCCUGCCCACCUCCCACUGACACCCGAAUCUAAUGGUGAGGCGUAUUACCUGGCCAUCGGAGGUGGUGUGGCGCAGCAUAACUGGAGCCACAUUCAGGCAGUGCUGCAGGACCAGGGUUUCCGCUGCACAUUAAUAGACCACACUGAGGACAUGGGCAUGAUCAGCAUACAGGGGCCCAAGAGCCGUGAGCUGCUGCAGGAAGUGCUGGACUCUGACCUCAGCAAUGAUGCGUUUCCCUUCUCCACACACAAGAUAGUGAACGCCGCUGGACACAAGGUGAGGGCCAUGCGUCUGUCGUUCGUGGGGGAGAUGGGCUGGGAGCUUCACGUCCCUAAAGAGUCCUGUUUGCCCGUCUACCACACCGUCAUGGCUGCAGGGGCCAAGUUUGGCAUCUGCAAUGCUGGCUAUAGAGCCAUUGACUCCUUGAGCAUUGAGAAAGGUUACAGACACUGGCACGCAGAUCUGCGUCCUGAUGACACUCCUCUGGAGGCGGGACUUGCGUUCACCUGUAAGAUGAAGACCUCUGUUCCCUUCCUGGGGCGGCAGGCGCUGGAGGCCCAGAAGGCCGAGGGUCUGCGCAGACGGAUCGUCUGCUUCACAGUUGAUGAGAAAGUGCCAAUGUUUGGCCUGGAAGCUAUUUUCCGCAACGGCGUUCCUGUGGGCCACCUGCGGCGCUCCGAAUUUGGAUUUGCCAUUGACAAGACCAUUGGCUAUGGUUAUAUUCGCAACCCAGACGGUGGAGUGGUGAGCCCUGAUUUCGUCCGCAGCGGUGAAUUCACUCUGGAGAGGAUGGGUGUCACAUACAAGGCUACGGCUCACCUGAGAUCUCCCUUUGACCCCGAGAACAAGCGCGUGAAGGGCAUCUACGGCUGAGCCGAGCCAGAAUGAAACUGAUCCAGACUGAUUGAGUGUUUACAGACCUUCAUCCAACACAUCAGCAGCAGCAUUCCAGACAAAACGAAAUACUCCUCACUGUCUUAAAGGGAUGAUUCGCCAUAAAGGAGCGUAGAAGAACACAUCCGAACUCAACCCAUCUUCCCGUGCCUUUCAAUUUCAUGGUUUUCAGAAAGAAAUCAAUCAUAUUUUUUCCGAAAACAACAUUUUAGUGAGCAAUCAUGAGCCCGUCUCUUAUCUUUUUUGUACUUGAUUUGAAUAUUAGUGAGUGUUUUUGUGGAAUAGCUGUGCAUUGCAGAUGUUAGUCUUGGUUAAAUGUCAAAUAACAUUUCUAAAAAUAAUAAAAUGGUUUAAUUACUGUAACUUCUUGUCAGAUAUAAGUCUGUGGAAUUAAAUAAGAUGCCUGUGGUGUUUUGUGUACUGUUUACAAAUCGUAUUGUAUGCUGUGUUUUCCAUGAUUUCUGCAUGUUGAGUGAAUUUGCAAAAUGCAUGAAGAUUAAAACCUAGUGAUGUCA